AUGAAUGAACAAGACAUACGGUAUCGAGACAUCCUCGGUCAUGGCAAUGGAGGCACAGUCUACAAGGCUUAUCACGUCCCCAGUGGAAAAAUACUAGCAGUAAAGGUCAUACCCUUAGAUAUAACACUGGAACUCCAGAAGCAGAUAAUGUCAGAGUUAGAAAUUCUUUAUAAGUGUGACUCAUCAUAUAUCAUAGGAUUUUAUGGUGCUUUUUUUGUAGAAAACAGAAUUUCGUUGUGUACAGAGUUCAUGGAUGGGGGUUCUUUGGAUGUUUAUAGAAAAAUUCCAGAACACGUACUCGGAAGAAUAGCAGUAGCUGUUGUGAAAGGCCUUACCUAUUUAUGGAGUCUAAAGAUUUUACACAGAGAUGUGAAGCCGUCCAACAUGCUGGUGAACACGCGUGGCCAGGUGAAGCUGUGCGACUUCGGGGUCAGCACGCAGCUGGUGAAUUCUAUAGCCAAGACGUAUGUUGGAACAAAUGCUUAUAUGGCGCCUGAGCGGAUUUCGGGAGAACAGUAUGGAAUUCAUUCGGACGUUUGGAGUCUAGGGAUUUCCUUCAUGGAGCUUGCUCUUGGGAGGUUUCCAUAUCCUCAGAUUCAGAAAAACCAGGGAUCUUUAAUGCCUCUCCAGUUAUUGCAGUGCAUUGUUGAUGAGGAAUCGCCCGUCCUUCCAGCCGGGGGGAUCUCGGAGCCGUUCGUGCACUUCAUCACUCAGUGCAUGAAAAAGCAACCAAAGGAAAGGCCAGCACCUGAAGACUUAAUGGGCCACCCGUUCAUCGUGCAGUACAACGACGGCAACGCAGAAGUCGUGUCCAUGUGGGUGUGCAGGAUGCUGGAGGAGCGGCGGGCGACCCAGGGACCCCAGUGA